AUGUCAUCUUUGACCAAGCUGCUGCAAGAAAAGCGAAAAAAUGAGGCCACUUCGGGCUCAGGAGCAUCGUUAACGACGCAACUGCGCAAUGCACAACCGGUGGUGGCAAACAUGGGCGCUUCAGAGGGUAUUCCCGAGGAAAAAGGAUUCGAAUCGGAGCUGGAAGAUGACCGUAACACUCCGGAUUUCAGUUCCAGCUUCAUAGCCUCGAAUUCGGCGCACACCGCGACUUUUGGCGAAAGUUUCAAAGACCGGGACCGGCCAGCUCCCCUUAGCGUUGAGUCACGUGGGGGCGCUAUUGCUGCAGAUGGUGGUGUUCAUGCAACAGCAGCACCAACACCAGCAGGAGUACCACCAUCAUCACUCAGUGUGGGAUCAUUGAGCAAAGCUAAGCCCAUUCCGUCCCUUUCCUCAAACAUACCGUACUCCGUACCGAAUUCCAACGCCGGAAACGGCACGGGAUUUGGUGCAGGGCCCAACAGCGUAGGUGCAGCUACCAACAGCUCUGCGUCUUCAAUGUCGUCGUCGUAUCUUGAAAACAAUGGAUUCAUGCCGCACAACGUUUCUGCCAUCGAUAGCAACGUCAUAUCGUCGCCAAAAGUCGAUAACGUCGAGGCUCGAUUCAUUGUAUCCAAACAAAAAUUUCAAAAAGCAUCCCAGAAUAACGCUGCUAACCUGUAUUCGGGCUCCCAAACGGGGUCUGUGCCGAGAUCAAGCUCGAUUUCGUCGCAAUUGGGUAACCUUUUUUUGAAUAAAAAUCCCAAAGACCUCACUAUCACAGUUCCUACUCAAGCAUCCCAAAAUAGAGACAUCCCGGCCAAUUCGCAGCCGUCUUCAGCGUACGGGUCUUCCAUCCCUAAACCCAUGCGUGCAAGACGCAGCUCCUUAUAUGGAAACUCCAAGCAACCAUCGGGAUCAUACCAGGACUCGUUCAUCGGAUCGCCUUCUUCUUUGCAUGAACAGCAUCCUAACCAAUACAUACCGAGAUCACGUCAUUCCUCUUUUGCAGAUAUCAAGAGAUUCUUCCGGAAGGGUCAGGCCCAGCAGCUAAGUGGGUCUCCAAGUACCCCUCCUGUAUCAGCUGGUGGAAAUAUCAGCUCACACACUUCAAACACCUCAUCUUUCGAGCCUGGUUCCUACAGUAGUACUGGAGACACCAUAUACACCAAUCAAACGUCUCCAGCUCUUCCAUUUUCAAAAAGGUACGCCAAAACGGGUGAGAAUCUUGGUGCUGGAGCCGGCGGUGCUGUGAAACUAUACAAAAAAAUCCCGGACAACAAAACAGUUGCUGUCAAAGAGUUUAGAACCAAGUUUGAGCACGAACUCAAGAGAGACUAUGUCAAAAAAAUAACAUCUGAAUAUUGUAUUGGUACGACUUUACGCCAUCCAAACAUUAUCGAGACGAUUGAGAUAGUGUACGAAAACAGUCGCAUUCUACAGGUGAUGGAAUACUGCGAUUACGAUCUAUUCGCAAUUGUCAUGAGCAACAAAAUGUCCCACGAGGAAAUCUGUUGCUGUUUCAAGCAAAUCUUGACGGGUAUUCAGUAUUUGCAUUCUAUGGGGUUGGCUCACAGAGACUUGAAAUUAGACAACUGCGUAAUAAACAAAGAUGGGAUUGUAAAAUUGAUUGAUUUUGGCGCAGCUGCCGUGUUUUCUUAUCCGUUCUCCAAGACCUUGGUAGAAUCUUCGGGCAUUGUUGGAAGCGAUCCAUAUUUGGCGCCGGAGGUUUGCAUCUUCUCCAAGUAUGAUCCUAGGCCCGUUGAUAUCUGGUCUGCGGCUAUUAUUUUUGCGUGCAUGGUUCUCAAAAAGUUCCCUUGGAAGGUUCCUAAAUUGAAAGACAAUUCAUUCAAGUUGUUCUGUUCGGGAAGAGAUUGUGAUUCUUUGAGCGCCCUGGUGGUGCGAACUCCUGGACCCAACGACUUCGAGCCUCCCUCAUACGACAACGCCUUGAACGAGAACGCCAAUGUGGCCAGUCCUACAACAGCUCCUUCCAGCAACAACCCCUCUGACCCCAACAAUCCCAACGUGGGACCACAAAGAUUGUUGAACUCUCUCCCCGAAGAAUGCCAGCAUAUCAUCGGGCGUAUGGUCGAUUUGGCUCCCGCCUGUAGGGCCAGCAUUGAAGACAUCAUGGCCGACCCAUGGGUCGAAGCUAUCGAAAUGUGUGAAGUGAUGGACGACGGCUUCUCCACUAAAAUAAUAUGUGGCACCAACCACAAACAUACACAGGUCGACCAAAGCGAGGCCCACAUCGCCGGUCUUGAAAAGAAGAAGAAGAAACAGAAUCGUUAA